AUGAGCGUCUCACGGAGAGGGUGGUCCAUUUACGCGAUCCUCUACGUCUGCGUGCAUUUAACCCGCGGACGAGAUAUCAGCGUGUUCGUAAUCAAUCCGGGAGUUCACGAUUUAAAAGCCAUCGGCACGGAGGAGAUAGAGGAUGCUUUCGGUUUUAUGGGGAAGAAAUUGAUUCCCAUAAAGGAGCCUCGAGCGAGCAAGAUUUUGGCUCCGCCCCUAGAACCUGAUGCAGAGAUGUUGCCGGCUCAUUACGAAGGGGUGAAACCUCCCGGUGUCGAUCAUAUGGAGCUGAAAUACGCCGAGACGAAGGACGCGAAGGUUUCGGUCGAUCAGUCGAACGAUCAGUCGGCGAAGUUAAACAAAAAGAAGGGAAAUGUGAAAACUGAGCACGAGAAGGUAGUAUCGGUCGAGAAGGGACAGAAAGGAGAGGAUGUGACACAGAAGAAGAAAACGGAGCAUGUUGAGGGUGGAGGAGAGAAGAGAGUCAAGGAUGCACGUGGCGGGACGACUGGGUAUCGUAACGUUUAUCACAAGGACGAGUACAACAAGAACCAUGACUUUUAUGAUAACGACGAUCAUGGCGGACAUACGAAACAUCAUGGGCGAUACAACGAGAGACACGUCGCUACGGAGGGUUCGUUCAAGAACGGUAAAUCUAACUUUGAAGUUGCCGAACAUUAUAAGCCUGAGACCCAGAAAUUGAAGGUCGUACCUGUUGAAGGUCAUGGAUUUCUUGAAAAUUUUCAGGGAUACGUCAGACAGAAGGGUUGA